UCAUUUACGGUCCAAGACGGAGCGGUAGAGAAGUGGAUGAGAAUGAGGGGAAAAUACGGAGAAUAUGAAGUUGUGUUUUUGUUCCUAAGACUGGAGAAGAUAGCAGUGGGGAGAAUGUUGAUUUUUCCAAAGGUGAAGGUCAUCCUGGUAUGGAAAAUUUGUUAUAUGAUGAAUAAGGAUAGGAUUGAAUUCAUCCAGUGGUUGGGAAAUGUCAACACAUGUUUUGUUUUAGUUAAAAAGAAUUGUUGGGGGGUUCACUAAAUAAACAUCCAAACUCAUUAACAUUUCAGAUCAUGUGCUGGGCGUGUCUGAAAAAUAGGUUUAAAAUUUUGUUCAAGUUUAAUCUAAAUA